CACCCAAAGACAAUGAAGAACGAGUGUUCAGGGAGCGGAUGCGCCCCAGGAAGCGCCAAGGAGCAGUGCGACGCAGGGUCCACCAAGUUAAUGGGCACAAGUUUAUGGCCACCUACCUUAGACAACCCACUUAUUGUUCACAUUGCCGAGACUUUAUAUGGGGAGUAAUAGGAAAACAGGGGUACCAAUGUCAAGUCUGCACUUGCGUAGUCCACAAACGCUGCCAUGAACUUAUCAUAACAAAAUGCGCUGGCUUGAAGAAGCAGGAAACCCCUGACGAGGUGGGCUCCCAGCGCUUCAGUGUCAACAUGCCUCACAAGUUCAGUAUCCACAAUUACAAAGUGCCCACCUUCUGUGACCACUGUGGUUCUUUGCUCUGGGGUCUGCUGAGGCAAGGUUUACAAUGCAAAGUUUGCAAGAUGAAUGUACAUAGACGCUGUGAAACAAAUGUGGCGCCAAACUGCGGAGUGGAUGCUCGAGGGAUCGCUAAAGUCCUUGCAGAUCUUGGUGUCACUCCGGAUAAGAUUACUAACAGUGGACAAAGGAGGAAGAAGCUCGUUCCAGGUGCAGAGUCCCAACCACCAGUUUCAGGAUCCUCGCCAGGAGAUGACGACAGGUCAAAGUCAGCACCAACGUCCCCAUGUGAUCAAGAAAUCAAAGAGCUUGAAAAUAACAUUAGGAAAGCGUUAUCAUUUGACAAUCGAGGAGAAGAACACAGGGGAGCCGGGACAACCUCGACUGACAACCAGCUGAACACUCCCGGGGAGAAUGGCGAAAACGGAGAGGUGAAAGCCCAGACGAAGCGCUUAGGCCUUGAAGAGUUCAACUUCAUUAAAGUGUUAGGGAAAGGUAGCUUUGGAAAGGUCAUGCUUGCUGAACUGAAAGGUAAAGAUGAAGUAUAUGCAGUGAAAGUCUUGAAGAAGGAUGUUAUCCUACAAGAUGAUGAUGUGGACUGCACCAUGACUGAGAAACGGAUUUUGGCGUUAGCACGAAAACAUCCCUACUUGACCCAGCUGUACUGCUGCUUCCAGACCAAGGACCGCCUCUUUUUCGUCAUGGAAUAUGUCAAUGGAGGGGACCUAAUGUUUCAGAUUCAACGCUCACGCAAAUUUGACGAGCCUCGCUCCCGCUUCUAUGCAGCAGAAGUCACAUCUGCUCUCAUGUUUCUCCACCAACAUGGUGUCAUCUACAGGGACCUGAAACUGGAUAAUAUUCUUCUAGAUGCAGAAGGUCACUGCAAACUGGCUGACUUUGGAAUGUGUAAGGAAGGGAUCUUGAACGGCGUAACGACUACUACCUUUUGUGGAACACCAGAUUAUAUAGCUCCAGAGAUCCUCCAGGAAUUGGAAUAUGGUCCCUCAGUAGAUUGGUGGGCACUUGGUGUUCUCAUGUAUGAAAUGAUGGCUGGGCAACCUCCAUUUGAAGCUGACAAUGAAGAUGACCUCUUUGAGUCCAUCCUGCAUGAUGAUGUCCUGUAUCCAGUGUGGCUUAGCAAAGAAGCUGUCAGCAUUUUGAAAGCUUUCAUGACAAAAAAUCCAAAUAAGCGACUUGGCUGUGUGACAUCUCAGAAUGGUGAAGAGGCCAUUAAACAACACCCGUUCUUCAAAGAAAUUGACUGGGUUCUUUUAGAACAAAGGAAAAUCAAGCCACCCUUCAAACCACGGAUUAAAACCAAAAGGGAUGUAAAUAACUUUGAUCAAGACUUUACACGAGAGGACCCAGUCCUAACACAAGUGGAUGAAGCAAUCAUAAAGCAAAUCAACCAAGAAGAAUUUAAAGGCUUCUCAUACUUUGGAGAAGAGCUGCUGCCAUAAUAACCCUCCCUCUACUCAAACCAGGACCACUCGGUCAUUGACACUACAGGAUUUGAUUCUGAAAAGAUUCUCCAGCUAUAACGUCAAGAACUACUUCUCUGACCUUGAGCCCAGAGCCUCCCCCCCACGUCCCAGUUUUAUACUGUUAUCUAUCUAUUUAUUAUUUCCUUUUGUCUUUGAUCUGGAGGUUGUCAUAAUAUCUGGCUCAUCAAGCAAUGCAAAAUAUGUUGUAUCAGAAUUUGCAAAGGUAACACAUUGCAGUUGUUUCUUGCUGCUUAUUUCCUAUUUUUCUCAGUUUGAUUUUUUUUAAAUUCCCAGUUAACUCUAUUCUUUUAAAAAGGCACUGGAAAGGUAUGUAUGGGUGCUUUUUUUUCCUAUUCAUUUUUCAUACUGAAAAAAAAUAGUCUUAAGAGACAUCCUUCUCAUAAGCUUCAAUAGUAAGAGAUUUUCAAAGAUGCAGUGGUGGCAUAUGGACAAACAUUUGAACAUGUUUACUCCCUGAAUAUUGAAGAAGAUCAGGUGGAGGUGAAGAUCUGAAAUUAGUGAGAGCUUUGCCAUAGAUUCCAACUGAAUGGGGAUGGAAGCUUGAAAGUACAUACUGCAAAUAGAUACUCAUGAGCCCUAUUUCUUCAGCAAAAAUAUCGCCGUAUUUCAUUUCAGUAAAGGAGAUCCUCAGGAGGUUGCAUUUCAGAACUGAGGAGCAGGGACAAGGUCCAUACUUCUUACCUACAUGCCACAAUUCCUAUUUCCCACCAUCUCUACCCAAAUUAUUUUAGAUUUCUGAUUCCUGGGUGAACACAUAUCUAGAACCUUUUAUGUGGGAGCAUUUAGGAGCCUUUCACUAGAAUCCUGUUGGGAAAAAGCAUUAUGCAGCAGUAAGCACACAUGCAAUUCCUGCUCCUUGGUAGGAUGUCCAUUACAUGACCACUCAUACACUGGAUGAAGGAUAGAUUGUGCAACCAAUCCUGCAAAGGACAGCCUGUCAAAGGACAAAACUGCUGCUGUUUAUGUGGUUUUUCUCAACAGGAUUCUGGCCAUUUAGUUAAGUAGAACAGCUUGUUCAAGAAAAGGGUUUAAGCACUCCUUCAUUUCUCUCCAAUUUUGACUAGUAAGACUGAAAAGCUGGCUUCUAAGCAGAGUUCAGGGUGACAUUAUUUCAUUGGGUUCCCCUGUAGUUCUGAGUGCUUAAGGCAGCUUACGGACCCUUGAUUGAAGCCUGCACCAAAACUGAUUGUUUGGGCUCAAUGCAAGUUGCAGGGCUGAUAAGCAGAGCUUAAAAAAUGAAAUAUAUGGGAUACCUUAGAGACUGGUGUAUUUCCAUAAACUCCUUCUAGAUUACAAUCCACUUUCUGAGGAAGUGGAUUGGAAUCCACAAAACCCCCAUUCUGGAACAAAUCAGUUAAUCUUCAAUGUGCCACAGGUCUUAUUUUUAUUUUUGUAAUACAUGCUGAAACCAAACAGCACAACUACCUCUUAGAAGAGAGAUUGUUUCCCUUUCAUUCAAGUCUGUUAGGAAUCAAGUGAAACAGUGAUGGAAGUGCAAUCAUGUGUAGGGCAGAAUUUCCAUAGUUAUCCCAGAAUUCUGAGGCUGGACUUCUGUGCACAGUUACUUCUUUUCAUGCAUAUAGUAGAGCAUCUUGCCAGAUUAGGGGAAAUGGGGCAAAAAUGUUUGCAGAAGCAAAAAAGAAGGGAGAGAGUGAUACCAAAAACCCUUCUUGCAAGAGAAGCAGUAGAGUUUUAAAUAAUACUAGAAAGCGGAUUCAAAGAAAAUAAAACUAAAAUAGAUACAGUUGUCAAGAAAAAAUAUUCUAACACAUACUAAGAAUAGUUUUAAGUUAGAUUUUUUUCAAUAAUUAUACCUAAACUUUAAAACAAACAAAAAACAAACACAGAUGCUUUACAGACAGGUGUUAAAGGGCUAAAGAAUGGACAAAUUCUCUAAAAGCCUACAAUACAGUAGUGACGUAGGUUUUCUUCAAAUUUUACAGAUUCUUCAACAUAUACAUGGCAAUCUUUUCAUAGGAGAACUAGCAUUUGAAUCAUUCAUUUCACUGAUACAGUGAUAUGUUUGAAGGAGAUACACAGAGCAUUUUUUAAAACUAUUCUUUAUUGUGCAGAAUCUGAAUAAUGACUCAUUUUAAAUGGUUUAUUUUUACUUCUAGCAGCAGUGUGUUACUUUUGUGGCUUUUACCAAAAAAGAUAUAGGUGGGUGGGUGGAGGGACAUGCACCUUUCUACUUUGAGCAUAAACUUUGCCUUCCCUCUCUCCUCAUUAAAGGCCUUUGGCCAAGAGCAGUAUAUUGCAAUGCAUUAGCCUUGACUUGAUUUAGUAGGUGCCCCUACACAUCUCAGGUGUAUAUCCAGCAGCCCAAUCCUCUUCAGGAUUCCUGCAAGAGGGCACUCCAAUUGUCUGUACCAAUAACCCUAGAGGAACACAUAGAUUCAGCAGUGGGAAAUUCAAAUGAGUGAUCCAUUGGAGGCAAUGGCUAAAUAUUGUAAAUGCAUCUUUGCAUUUAACAUGUACAGUAGGAUCCCCAUAUCCUCAGGGGAUUGGUUCCAAACCCCUCACCAUGGAUGCCCCAAACCACAGAUAAUAGCGAAUUCUGUACAUGGCAUGGUCUCUGGCUAUCUCUAGUGGUCAGCUCUGGUAACUACAUUAUGGAAAAUAUGUACAGUAUUUCUGUUUUGUUUUGUUUUAAUAUUUUCACAUUGUGAAUAAGUGAAACCACAAAUACCUAUCCCAUGGAUAGGAGGAUCCUACUGUAUUUUAUAUAAAAAAGGACCAUUUUCCCCCAGACUGCAGCAAUGGGAGAAAAUCUUCAGCUCCUCUCACUGCCUGCUGCAGUUCCAGUUCUUAUCAGUCCCUUUGGCAGAGGCUGCUUACAGAUAAUUAAAAACAAACUGACACCAAACCAUGCAUUUUAAAUCAGAAUCGUAGAGUCGGAAGGAACUCCAAGGCUUAUCUAUUCAAACUGCUUGCCAAUGCAGGAAAUCUUAGAGCGUCCCUGACGCAGUUAUCCAGUUUGCAGCACUAAAAACACUCAAAGAUUAUCUGAUCCUACAGGACGAUCCAUUUUACUGUCAAAUAACUCUUACCAUUUGGAAGAUCAUCCCAACAUUUGGUCGAAAUAGGCCAUUUCUAGUUUGAUCCUGAGGCAUUGCUGUGCAUGUGCUCCUGGCCAAAACCCAAAGGGGAGAGAAAGGACCACGUGAUACUGUACUACUGUACUAUGGGUCCAGCUGGCUCAUGCCCAAUAGUACUACUGUUCUUUUCAGCUGGAGGCAGGGAGUCAGUCCAGUCAGAAAACUGUGCUAUAUAGGAAAAAUACAAAGCCAAAAAAAAAAAAGCUAUUCAUGAUGUGAAAGUGCAUUUAGAGACUGAAGAUCAAAAUUCAAACUCAACAUUAUGACUUACAUUGCUGAGAGCUGUAAAUGGAUUUUCUUGUGUAGUCAUUUUUUAAAAUGGUAACUCAUGUGGAAAAUACAUUAGCAAAUGUGAAGUUACCGCUUGUAGAUAUGCUGACAGUGUUAUGUACUUAUAUUUCUGGGGGGUACCCUGUGUUUGUGCGUGCGUGCGUGUGUGCGCGUGCACAUGGGUGUAUGUAUUGUUGAGGUCAUUGUGUGUGUGGUUGUGUAUACAUGUAUGUAUGUAUAUUCUGUGUGUGUAUAUACACACACAUAUACACACACUCUUACACAUCUGGACUGAAUGAGCAGUUACGGGGAUCCAUUUUACUUGUUGCACUUGGAUUUUCCAGUUGCAAAAUUAUAUAUGUGACUGGCAGAGUGGCACUCUAAAAGCUUUUCUCUCUCUUUCUCUUUUCUUUUGCGGGGGUGUUGCCUUUUGUACAGGUGAGGAUUUUGUAUAUAGGUGUUUAUUGCAAGGCCUGUGGAAUUCAAUGAAUAUAGAGGUAUCAACUGCUGCAUGUUCAGGCAUAUUAUUAAAAAAAUUAGCCUAUGAAAGAAUAAUUAUGAUAAUGUCCAUGUGCAAUACUCUGUUUGUGUAUUGGUUCAAGUUACUGUCAAACAUGAGGGUUUUUUUCUUUUUUGUUACAAAAAAAGAUGUAGACCUAUAUUAAGCUGUACUAAAUCUCCUAUAUACUUCUCUUAAACUCUAUAUAGAAUGAUAGAGAUAGUGGGGGGAAAGAGGAAAAAAAGGACUUUUGCUGACAGAAGCACAGGCUAUGAGUUUGAAGACACAAGGCCCUUUCAUUCUGACCUGGAAGCAGCAACAGUGAGGUGUUUUGGUUUUGUUUGUUUUUUUUCAUUUGCCUCCCACGUUCCAAACAAGGCUUAGUCACCUGGGAGAAACUUCAUGUCCAGCAGAGAGGGUGCCGGCAUCACCAGUUUUGAGUAAUUCUGACCUAGGUGCCAUAUUACUUCCACAUAAUGCCCUUAACUUAGCAUCUUUCUGGUAAAUUAUAAUGCCUGAUAAAACUCAGCCUCCUUGGUGCUACCUGUAAGUGCUGUUCGAAACAGUGCAGCCUGCCGUGACGGGUAGGCCAGAUGGAGCCCACUGAAAUAGGAGAAGGCCUGUCAGAGUUCAUAUCGUCUGGCAAACCUUCCUUCACAAUAUGGCUGCCUCUGCCACGGAGAGAUAACAGGUCUGAUCCGUGAAAAGGAAUAAGUGGCACGACAAGCAGUCUCAGUAAGGACUCUUCCUGGCUGGCCCAGAACAAUGGUCUUCAGCUUGUAGGCUUUCGAGAUGUGUCGGGGCCUAUUCCCCAUAUUCCUAGAACCACCUAGGCUGGAGGGUGCCAAGAUGAGGAAGGCUGCCAUGGGUUUUUCAUGCGACUGGAAGACCAUCGGGGCAGAGCAGUACUGCUGUGGUUUCCACACAGCCAACGUCACCUAGGAAAUUGGGUCUGUGUUGUCUUCUCAAGAAGGCAGAUUAGGUUAGUGUCAGUUAUGCGUCUGGUCAUUUGUGACCUCUUAGCGAUGAUGACAUUCAAUUCCAUUAUGUUGGUGUGUUGUAUUUUUUUUAAAAAAAAGACUCAGGUGUAAUUAUUAUAUAUACACAUAUAUGUAUUCAUAUGAUGAUUUCAAAAUAUUAAAUAUUAUGCUGUAUCAAGUCAUGUGUUGUCUGGCUUACCGAUGUAAUAAUAGAUUGAACUUCUUAGAAUAACUUAAUUUAUCUUGGUUAACAUUUAAGGGCUGAGGGGGCAGGGGGGCGGCAAAGGCCCUCUAGCUUCUGGAGUGGAAGCACAGAGACGUCACAAAGGUUACAUCAUCUCAUUAGUUUAUGUUUAUUGGGGGCGGGGGAGUAGUAUAGAACUACCCAUUAGAUUUCUACACAGUAAUGCCAGCUCCGUGUUACUUCUGCCACAUGUUUGCUGUGGACAUUCAGUGCAAGAACUGACAAGGUUAGGUGGUAAAGGUAUAUACUUCUCUUAAACCCCAUAGGGUAAAGUUUCUCCAGGUGUUAUUUGACUGCAGUUUUCAUCAUGCUGCUUGAGUUAAUAGGAUCCAGCAAGACCUAAAGGGCCAUGUGCUCCCUAACCCUGCCAUAGGAAAGGGCAGCUUUGGGGGAUGGGGUAGCCAAUAGCCCUUGGAAGCUGCUUAUAUAUUGGCUUGAAUAAGGAACAAUUGUACAGUGCAUCACCUUUUGUAUGAAAUAAGGCUUUUACACAAAAGGUGGAUUAGCCAUUUUUAAAGGGAACAUGGACAUUCCAUAAAGCUGUUGUAAACAAACUUGUGGAUUAUAUGACUCCCUCAUUCCUGGCAUGAAAAACCUCUUAAUAAGCGUUUGUAUGUUUAAAGACCCUGCCACUGCCAUUUCCUUCUGCAGGAUGCUGAGUAGAAAAUUUAAAACCUUAAUGUGGACAGGGAUUCUAGCUAAAAUCCCAAAAGCCUUCACAUGCAUGCAAACAGCCUUUUGGUAGAUGUUGGCAGUGCACAUGCGCAUCUGAGAUAUACAUCCCCAUUUCUAGCAUGAUGUAUCAUCAUCGCAUGAUCACAUUGUUUAGCAGCAUCUUUUGAUGGAGGCAGGUAUGUGCUCCCUCCACAUCCAAGACUAGCAGAUGGUAUCUAUACGGUAUGUGCCUGCAUGACUAUGGCUAGAUUGGUGGCCAGUGGAAUUGAAGAGUCUUGCUGUGCGCAUACACUGCAGUCCUCUGCAGCACAAAGGAAUUCAGUCCAUGUCCUUUUUCUACUUGGCAGGCUCUGCCUUUUACCUUGAACUUGUUGAGAAUGAACACGCUGUUACAUUUCUUUUUCUUCUGUAAAGUUUUCCCAUCCUGGUGGGAGAAAGAGCUUGAAAAAGGUUACUUUUUUGGACUACUCCCUCAGCAAGGAUGGGCACACUGGCCAAGCUCGUUUGGGGGGGGGGUGCAGCCCUUUCUGUCCCAAAAAAGUAACAUAUUUGAGCUCUGGGUGAAAGGUGUGCAAAUGCCAAACAAGCAAAAAAAAAAAUUGUAGUCAGGAUAUUGUAUUUUCUUUCUCUCUAUUUUUAGAGACACAGCAUAGUGGGAAUGUAUGUGUUUCCCUCCCCCAUAGAUAAAAAUAAUACUCUCUGUCUCUCACUCACUUUUUUUUAAAUAAUAAAAAAACUUUUUUAAAAACAAAAGACUUCUUUUGAAAUGAUGUGCAGAACAGUUCUGGGGGGAUGAAAUGUAUUCAGUUUAACAGGAGUGGGGAGGUUGUUCUUUUUUAUUGUGCAGCUUUCUUUGUACAGAUAUUUUUUCUUAAAGGCUGUAAUUGGAACCUCUUGCCAUUCAUUAGGGUUAUUUCAUUGUAGCCAUUAUUACUGUGCCAAAUGUACUGUACUCUAAAGGAUGUGAAUGUGUAUUGUUUCUGAACCCAAUAAAUACAAUGAUGUUAAAAUCUA